GGUGGGGGUCCCUUGCUAAUGGCGUGGAGGGGGCGGACGUGGGGCAGGGAGGGGGCGUUGCAGGUACCGAGAGCGGGCACGCAAUCAGUAGCAGGUGAGGCGUGAACAGGUGAACACAAGGUAGCCCAGGUGUUAUCCACGGCACUACAGCAGUCACCAUCGAGGAACCCGACAAGAUGGUGACUCGUGGCGGAGGGACCGUGACGGGGGUGGUGACGGUGACGGUGGCGGUGGUGGUGGUGGUGGCGGCGCUGGUGGGGGCGGCUGAGGGGAUGGACCGAGGACCCGCCGCCAGGGAAAACCGGAUGAAGAAUCUGAAGAGCUCGAACGAGGACCUGAAGGCGCUGAGGGAGAAGUACAAGAGUAGGAUCGAUAUUGACUGUAAAGGAUACGGGCCGUCACCUUCAGACCCCCCCCUGCCCACCGUGCCGGAGUCCUUCAUGACACAGGUGGAGUACGCGUUCCUGGAAGACGACCUGUUCCGGGUCAUCCACGGCGUCGAGAUGUACGACAGCUCCAGCAGGCGCGGCGUCAACGACUACGACCUCUCGGCCGGCGUGGGGGCUAACAGCAGUACGUAUCUGGUGCGGGAGGCGAUGCACUACAACCACUACAUCGACGAGGCGCUCUUCAUCCGCGAGGAAGACCCGUGCAUCAUCACGGGCGAAGAAGACUGCACCGCCAAGAAGGAAUGCCAGGCGGGGAAGAUUGACGACCUCCGCGCCGAGAUUCAGGAACUGUUCGGGAACGUGGACACCAACAGCGGAGCGGAGUUCUUGGGCGCGUCGGGCAUACUGCAGUUCGGUCCCGAGUUCAACUAUACCUACAUGGGCACUCAGGCGUGUCGGGGGUUGCGCUGUAAGGUGUUCCAGACGUGCAUGACCAAGCCCCACGAGAACACCAGUCUGCUCUACACUUAUUACUGGUCAGAUACGGACUGGGACGUGCAGAACAAUGGCGACCAGGUACCCAUUAUGGUGGACAUCGUGGGCGACAACAUCAUCAGGCACAUUGCGUUCUUCGACUUCAGGAGGGACUGGAUGCCGGCCCUGGACGAACUGGAGCCUCCCGUCGACGUCUACUGCCACAACCGCGUUUCGUACAUCAGCCAGCCGAGCAUCGUCAGCAGGUUCUUCUACAGGUCGGAGCGGGUGGGCGGCGUGGACAUCACCGUGCCCAUCGGCGACAACGAGACGCUGCAAGACCACGCGCGAAUUGUCUUCCCGCAGCAGGAGUGGUACGACUGGGACAGAAGGAUCUCCCGGACGGACUACAUGCCCUUCUUCCUCUUCAACGCCGAGAGACGCUUCGAAAACCUGACCCAGGACAUCAUGGAGUUUAAUCAAGGGCUGAACUACAAGGUGCUUCCAAGGCUCGGCACCUGCAAGAUCGCGCCCAUCAACUACAACGUCACGUGGGGGGACGUGGAGGUGGGGCCGGACGGCUCCAUACACAUGAUGAGCCCCUGGAACUUCGAGGACCUGGCGGAACCCAUGCAGUACAACGGGCUGCACUGGGAGCGCGGCAUGCAGGCGGACGUGUGGGUCGGCGUGAAGCUCAACCCGACCAUCAAGAUGAAUGAGACGAUCGUGUGGUACUUCGCCUCGCCCUUCUUCACGGCCGACAUCCAAGGGAGGGACGGACGAGACAAUCCGCAGCUCCCGACCCUCGACAAGGUUCCCAUCAAGCUGGAGAGAUAUCUAAAUAGGGCCGAGGGGAUUCCCCAUCUCGUCUACCACAUCUACUCCUACGAGAGCCUCAUCCCGCUGACACAUAAUCACGACAUCUCCAUCUGCUACGACCCCAGCCAGAUGCGCCACUUUAUCUUCGACCUCCCGCCCUACGCCCUCAACAACAGUCGCUACCUCCGCGAGAACCUCAAGUACGCCAUCCAAGGGUCGCUGCAGGAGGCUGGCAACCUCUCGCCCCUCAGGAUCAACAGACUGGAGCUCAACCAAACGGACAAGGCUGUGACGGUCCUCUUCACGCUGCUGGAGAAGCCGUCGCGCAUUGCUGACGUGAGCGGCGACGAGAGUGAAAACUACCUGGACGACGCCGUGAACGCCAUCCGCUCCACCAUCGACGACUCGCAGCUCAUCAUCCAGGUCGAGUACGGCAACUCAGUGGACAACGGAAGAAAAGUGACCUUCCCCCCAAUGACUGCUCGCCCGGGGACCAUGAAGGAGGUGAACCGGGGGAGCGGGCAGCCCCAGCCGAACGAGGUGCUCACAGGGUUCUCCUCAGGAGACAUGGCGGGCUUGGCGGUGGGCAUGAUCAUCCUCGGGUGUCUGCUGGGCUUCGGCGGGAUGUACGGAUACGUCGUCUAUAGCAAGAAGUAAAGAGGGGGAGGAGGAGGAGGAGGAGAAGGAAGACGAGGAGGAGGAGAAGAAAAUGCAGGACAAUGACGACGAUGAUGACGAAACAGGUACAAAAUCUCACCUUGCAUCCGUCACAGGUGAAGUAAUUACCUACAAAGAAGAGAUUUAAUCAGUUUCUUAUGCUUAAUGAAUCCUCUGUGUGUGCUUUGUUUCUGUUUAGUUAUCAUUGUGUCUACGGAAGGAGGGGAAGGAGGAGGAAGGAGGAAGGUCAACGUAUGUUUAUAAGAUAGUAAAUACUGUACGUGAAUCUUUAUAUAUGUACGAUGUUCUUAGGCUUACGGAUAAUUAAAGAAGACCUGAUCUGAGUACGGGAAUAAAAGUUAAACAAUC